AUGUCAGUCGUCCACAUUGCGCUUCUUCUUGUCGUUCUACCGAAUAAUCGUCCUGUCAACUCUCAACUCAUCUGCACCAGUGAAGCUUCCGGUUUAAAUGAGAAAAGAAUAUGUUUUGAUCUCGACAAAGGUCGCUUUAUUAAUCCAAAAAUUGGUCGAAAUUCGCACGAGCAUGCCGUGGCUACAAUUUUUAUCGCCGCUGCCAGAAGAAGUACGGAACGCAUUUGGGGAGGUUGGAGUGUCGAUAUGCGAGAUGUUCCGUAUGCAUUACGGAACACUUACAUCCGGGUUGUCCAUUCUGCCACGCUGAUAAAUCAGUAUUUUGUCCAGCUGUUGAAACAUGCUCCUGUCCGUGGAAAGCUGGCUACGGUAUCUGGGAUUCGUGCAGACAGCAAAUCAACAAUCGAUGCUAUGGUCACGGUACACAACAACACGAUGUAUGAUUUGCCAGCUUCAAUACCGCGAGAGACAGAAAUGUGGCAUGGAAAAGAAGAGAAUAACAAUGGAAAAUUUUCCAAUGGAGAAUUUUCCACUUCUGGAUUUCGAGCAUGUUUGAAUAAUGCUAUUGAUGGACAAAGAGCUGCUCAGGCUUAUAUUCAUAGACUAGGUAAUUGGACGCUUUUUGAGUGGGUCAUUUCUUUUCAGGCUACUAUUAUUGUACUUAAUGUAUUGAGUGCGUUGGCAGUGAGCAUUGUUGAAUAUUUGAAUCCACGGCCUAUGCUACUUCUGGCUUUAAUUUUAUUCAUUCCUAUUUUUCCAACACUAUAUUCUAAUCAGCACGAAGAAAAUCUGAAACUAUUUGGCUGGAUACAAUUAGUAUGUGGCUUUGUUGAACUAUUCUGGUCCAGUUGUGUUUUGCUUGACAUGCAUUAUCAUUCCAACGAUUGGCGUGCAUAUUUCGCUAUGUGCGCCGUAUCAUGGCAGGUUAAAGUAACUUUUCUAAUAACUUUUCUAAUUGAUUUUACAGGUGGUGUAGUGAAAAUAGAUUGCCUUGGUUGA